CAUCAUUACUGUUCUGCUCGUUUCUUCAUCUCCUUAGCUCAGUCACGGCUUAUUAUUGUUGGUGCGGGGCCUAGAUACACGUACAAGUGGAAAUGAGUGAGAAGGAUGGACCUGUUUUCCUGCUUUCGCUCGACGGUGGCGGUGUUCGUGGAAUCUGUGAGCUAGUCAUGCUGGACACGAUCAUGAAGCGGAUCCAGAAAGAACGAAACCUCGCAGAGAUCCCACGGCCAUGCGCCCUGUUCGACCUCAUUGGAGGCAUUAGCACUGGAGGGCUGGUCUCCAUCAUGCUCGGGCGGCUACGGAUGACUACGACUGAGGCGAUCGCUGCCUAUCACGAAUUUGCAGAAAAGAUCUUCAGCUGGAAGAACAAGAACUGGUUCUUCUUGGUACCGCUGGCGCGUGUCCGCAUGGGAGGCAACAAGAUGUCUCCGGGAAAAUUCAAGACCAAGAAGCUGGAAAGAAUCAUCCAAGAGCUUGUUAAGAAUGCCAAAAGCGAGGAGCGCUUGCUAACUGACAAGGAUCGCUGCCGGGCCAAGAUGUUUGUCUGCACUCAAAGACACAACGAUACGGGCGCGAGCUCGCUCGUGGUCCUGAGAAGUUACAAGGUUCCCUCAAGACCACUGCCGCAAGAGUUUGUACAACAGAUACACGGAUUGUCCUCUUCAACUGACUCGACGAGCUCUCUGCUGGACGGCACGCACCACGGUACGCCAGACGAUCUCCAGCCAGUCGAAGAUCAUACAUCCGUCAAGAUCUGGGAAGCUGCUCGCGCAACAUCAGCAGCUUCCAGCUUUUUCCCCCCGAUGGAGGUCAAGGACAGUCACGGCCGGUCAACAUUGUUCAUUGACGCUGCAUUGGGCUGUAACAAUCCUGUGAAGCACGUUAUUGCCGAAGCGGCGGGGCUUUUUGGCGUGGAGCGUAAGCUGGGGUGUGUGUUGAGCCUUGGCACUGGCUUGGUCGGUGAUGGUCUGAUAUCGACAGGCUCUGGCACACUUGUCAACAUUGUAAAAGCGAUCAAGGACCAGUCAACAAGUUCAGAGACCACGAACAAGGAGGUGGCAAAUCUGUUUGGUGGUGAAACCAAUUCAUUCUUUCGUCUGAAUGUGCCGAUGGGGAAGAAGAUCAAACUUGACGAUUGGAAGGCCGUAGGCCCGCUCGCGGCGGAUACUGCGAAGUACAUGGAGAGCAAGGAAGCGGUACAGAUCGUGGACCAGGUUGUUGAGAUCCUUCUAGGAGAGCAUAGACCCAAGGUGAAGCUUGGGCAGGUUGCCCCUGUGGACAAAGGCCAAUUCAGACCAAAGAAGCCACCAACGGGACGUCCUUCCACGACAGCUCACUACAUUGGCCGCCAAGAUGUCAUAAGCAAGCUGGCAGAGACGCUCGUCCCACAGAAGGCUACGAGGACUUCUGCGCUGAUCUGGGCAGAAGGGGGCGCAGGCAAGACUACCACUGCGUCCAGAUUUCUUGACGAGUAUGACAGCGAGUUCGACAAGAUAUUCUGGGUCGACGCCUCCAACGAGGAAACCAUCAUCGCUAGCUACGCCCUCAUAGCAGAGGUCGAGAACAUUGCUGUAACUGACAGCAAUGUCACAGGAGUAGUCCUGAGCUAUAUUGCGUCCUUUGACGGCCAUUGGAUCCUGGUCCUCGACAAUGCCCAAAGCGACGUGAGCAAGUACGUACCUCCAGGCCAGCAUGGAUGUCUGCUCUUCACAAGCAGGAACAGCAGUAUAAAGCCUCGCGUGGCCCCCGACAACAUCAUCAAACUGGAAGACUUGCAGGAAGAGGACGCCAUCACGCUUCUCUUCAAUAUCGCUCAGAUAGUUCUUCCGUCCCGCAAAGACAAAGAAGACGCCGUUCGUAUCGUCCGGGACCAUCUCGCGUACCUCCCGCUGGCUAUCGAGCAAGCCGCUGCGCACAUACAGAAACAGGAGAUCUCCCUAGCAGUGUACGCAUCCCGCUUCGAAGAGCAGCGAAGGUCCUUACUGAGCCGUCGUUCUCCAGGUUCUGAAGGGUCAAAAUCAUCAACUUCGCGGCCUCCGCCCGGGACUGAGGCUGUGCACGUCUCGUUUGAUCUUACAUACGAGGUCCUGGUCGACACGGCGCAUGGCAACACCCUGGAGGCUCACGAUGCGAAGAACGCUCUACGCGUGCUGAGCGUUUUUAGUUUCUAUGCCAAUGAAGGGCUGAUGGGGGAUAUCUUCAAACGAGCUGCUGAGAACCGACCAGCCGACCGCACGCCAGACCAGCUCGGCGGCCAGACUUUACUCUCCCUUGAGCCGGUGCUCGUCGUGAACAAAGAAACUCAGCAGUGGGAUAUGAGCGCCUUCCAAGCUGGCAUCCUGUGUCUAAUGCAGUGGAGCCUUGUCAGGACGAAUGAUAGAAAGGAUAGAUUCUCCAUGCAUCUCCUCACCCACGACUGGGCGCGGGAGAGGUCAACAGAUCGGGAGAGACUCGCUCGUGCAGAAACCGCAAGGCACAUUCUCUUCGACUCAUACGCAUGGAUGAACAAAGGGACACGGGACUGGCUUUUCAAUCGCAAACUGAUGCCACACAUGAGAGCCUGCUUCGAUAACACCAAUGCCUAUGCAGAUCAGAACCCGGUGGUGGAUGCCAGUCACAAGGAUCGGUACGCAGAGAUGCUCAUGCACGAGGACCGCCCACACGAGGCAAUCCGCUUGCUUGAGCUUCCACUUGCAACCUUUGCCAAAGACGACCGCAUCCUCACAGAGGAGUAUUGGCAUAUGCUACGCACCGUUGCCGAGUCGGCCCUCAGCGUCGGCAUGUUGGACCAGGCAGAGAAGCUGGCGAAGCAAAUUGAGCGACUGCAGGACAUCAUGAUCGGGCUUGGCAAGUUCAAGCCGUCUAGUGUCACAGUUCUCAACACGCAGGUCCUCCUUGCGGACAUCCUUGCGCAAAAGCAGGGUCACUGGCCAGAGGCAGAGGCCCGACUCAACGAAAUCAUCGCAACCGGAGUCGCUGAGAAUGGGGAGGGCCAUUGGCUGGGCUAUUGGCUUAGCACGCUACAGACCAAGUACACAUUGCAUAACCAGCACGAGGAUGCCUAUCAGAUAGCCCGUAAGACGCACGAAUUAUGCCAUCGGAUCUACGAGGCGGGCCACAAGAACGCGCUUGACUCGACACGCAAUCUAGCUCGUGCGUGUGUGCAGUCUGGACGGCUGGAAGACGCAGAAGACCUCGUUCUCGAAGUGCUCAAGGUCGAAGAAGCCCACGCAGACGGCGGCACGCAAAUACAAACGCUCAACAAGACCAGAGUGCUGCUGGCGGACGUGCUGCUCCGGCAAGAACGGUACGAGGAGGCGUACAACCGCUUCGACGAGGUCGUGCAGGUGCUCCGACUAGAGCCAUCCACGUCGGCUCAUGAGGACCUCCCGGGAGCGUAUCAGGGCCUCGGUGAGGCGGCUCUGUUUCUUGGGUACUGGGAGGAGGGACUGGACUUUGGGCGUAUCGCGUUCAUGUUCCUGCACAGCCAUCUUGGUGCUAAGAAUAAGAAGACUAGACAGGCUUGCGCGACGGUCAUUUUGUGGCUUUCACAAGCAGAGGCGGUUGGAUUCACAGUUAGCGGAGCUCUCUGGGACGAGUUCUGGCAGGCCGCUAAUGAUGUUGAGCACUGGGAGCCGGCCACGAAAGCUAUGACAACUGAGCAGCACGAGGUGCAGUGCUGAGUAGGGCCAGUGAUGAGGAAUGAUGAACCCCGUUUUAUGUAGAUAUACACGUACGCACGAUGCCUCGCAAU